AUGCAGUACGACGAGGCCUGCAAGGUGUGGUGGGUCAAGACGGCCUCCCCUGACGGCGGAGAAGUCGAGUAUAUUUGCCAGUGGCUCGUCGUGGCCACCGGUGAGAAUGCGGAGUCCGUCGUGCCUGAGAUUGAGGGGCUGAAGGAAUUCGGUGGCGAAGUGAUCCACGUCUGCGAUUAUAAGUCCGGCGAGAAUUUCCGCGGCAGGAAAGUUCUGGUCGUAGGCUGUCGGAAUUCCGGCAUGGAAAUCUCCCUCGAUCUUUGCAACCAUGACGCUAAACCUUCCAUGGUUUGCCGCAGUUCGGUUCAUGUACUGCCUAAUAUGUAAGGCAAAG